AUGGAGACGGAUGAGCGCCUCCUGACCGCAAACGACUCGGUUGGAGCCCUCGGCGUACGCUGGGAUCCGCAAACAGAUACCCUGGCAUUGAAGGUGGCUUUAAUGUCCGAGCGUUCCUUCCCCGAGGCUCUCACCAAACGAAGUGCGCUUUCGGAGGCGGCCAGACUUUUUGACCCGCUGGGCUGGGCCGCGCCGGUGCUUAUCUUCGCCAAGGUCUUCCUGCAGGAUUUAUGGCUGCGAGGAUGCAAAUGGGACGACCCUCUGGCCACAGAGUUGGCUAGCGGCUGGGAACAAUUUCGGGCUUCCCUACACCAACUCAACGAGGUGCGGAUCCCUCGAUGGGUCCACUUCGGGUCCGACACGGUCACGACCGAACUGCAUGGCUUCUCGGAUGCUUCCGAGAGAGCUUAUGCUGCAGUAAUUUAUUUACGAAUUGCAAGGUCGGAUGGGAACUCGGCUGCACACCUGUUGGUCGCUCGAACUCGCGUGGCUCCGGUGAAAACGCAAAGUAUACCGCGUCUCGAAUUAUGCGGAGCGGUGCUCUUAGCGAGACUCUUGACCCGAGUGGCCAAGGAGCUCGAAAUACCACCUACCUCCGUCUUCGCGUGGACAGACGCUCGGGUGGUGCUCUGUUGGAUAAGUUCCCACGCCUCCCGGUGGAAACCUUUUGUUGCCCAUCGGAUUGCGGAGAUCCAGGGUCUUCUACCCAGUGAACGCUGGAAUCAUGUUAGGACGACCUCCAAUCCAGCGGAUCUGGCCACUCGAGGCGUCUCCCCCUCGGACAUCCUAAACCGAGACCUUUGGUGGCAUGGACCGGACUGGCUCGGCAAACCGCGCAAGAGUUGGCCGGAAACGGAGGCAACAAACUUCGUCAACGUUCCUGAAGACGAGCAAAGGACGAAGCUUACUGCGGUUCACCUGGCUCAAGCUUCCCCGACUGAGGAGAUCUUAGAGAGGUUCUCCUCGCUCAUUCGCCUACUGAGAAUUACCGCUUAUUGUUUCAGGUUCUUCCAUAACCUUAGGAACCCGCUCGUCGUGGCGCGCUCACCUCCGACGAGUUGCUCCUUAGUAGGACAUUCUGGAUUCGCUGGAGCCAACAGCGAGACUAUGACGACGAGAUAA